AAAACAAAAUAGCCGACGUGAAUUUUUGCGUGUAAUAGGUAACAAAUGUUUUAUGAAAAAUUAGCAGAACUAUGAGAUUCAGUAAUACAGCGUGAGAGAUAGUCUGAAGUCGUCCGUCAAACGGACUGUGUAUGGGACCUUCGACACUUGUAUUGGUUUUUUGCUAAUAUGGCAUCUCCGAGUUCAAGUUCAAGACAUACACAGCACCUGAAAUCCUAUUUACAGUCACAUAAAAGUGCAUCAAAAAAUAUCAGUUAUAAUGACAAAAAGCUUUUAACGUCUCCAUCAAAAGGAGUGAAUAGGUCAUUAGUAGAAAAGUCCCCAUCUACUAAACCAAGUGGUGGUGCUGGGUUGUCUACGAAACCCAAAACAUACAACGCAUCAUCGCCUGUACGUGUUAUACGAAAAUUGCCAGUGACAGCAAGUCAUUUCAGACGCAAAGUAAAUAUAGAAAGUCUACCAAGUGAGAUUAUUUUGAAGAUCUUUACUUACCUUGGACCAAAUGAUUUAUUGAUAUGUGCCAGUGUUUGUAAGCAGUGGUUGAAAUUAGCCAAUGAUAACUCACUAUGGAGAAAGUUAUAUGAAGCUUACAUUGUCACUGGCAAAAAGAAGAAAACAGAAACACAGAGUGUUACAAAAGCUAGCGGUGGUGGUGAUCAUCAUAUCAUACAGUGGAAAAGAGAUUGUAUUAGAAAAUGUGUCAACAUUCGUAAUGGUAGAAUCCAGGCAUUGUUGAAGAAACUGAGUCCCUAUACUGGUCUACCAGUAAAUACACAACAAGCAUUAGAAAAGCUUGGUAUUAAAUGGCAGCUAGUGGUGACAGAUACAAGUGGUAGUGAACAUGUUAUAGCACACAAUGACAGGUUUUGUUUUCCACUCUCUACCACUGUAAGAUGGUACAGUCUUGAAUCGCUGCCGCUCAAGAGAAUUAAAAGACUGUCUAUUUAUGGACUAGCUCCCGUGUUUUAUGGUAACAAUGGAAAUGCUUUAACAAACAGUCCUUGCCAAAGAUCUCUUUUAUUACAUCAACCAAUUAACAGUUCCUCCCAGAAUGCACCUGAUGGUCAAGAUGGAACUGUGAACAUUUACAUUUUAACUUAUGGUCUGAUGCUUGCUACAUGGCAGGAUGGUGGUGAAUUGGCGUUUGUUUCGCUGUCCAUUGGUAACCAUCAGCUUGUACAGAGAUGUUCCAUGGCAACUUCGGAUAGUGUGUACAUUCCCAGCCUACGAAAACCACCUGUUGACGAUGUUGACUCACAAUGUGGUUUACACAGUUAUAGUUGUACAAUUGAAUUGCGCAAUCAACGAGCAGUCUACUGGGGACAGCAAUUUCAACAACUUCACUGUCACAAGCAAGACUUAGUUGGCAGGUAUGCAAGACUAGUUCCAAUCCGAUCUGAUGUCACUUACGAUCAUUCAUAUACCAACAAGAAAAUUCAUUUACCAUGGAAGACUGAUGUAUUCAAAGGGAUUGUGCAGGAUAUGUGUAUAUUAGAUGUUAUAUUACUGGAUGAACACAAAAAUCCAAUGUGGAGUAUCAGACCCUACCAGAAGGGAACGUCACUCAGUGAUGAUUUAUCUCAAAUAAUCAUAAAGGAAAUUGUGGAGAGUGGUGGUAAUAUGAAUACCGGCGAGGUGCCGAGAGCAGUGUUCCCUGCAGUAGGGCGCUGA